CAUUUAGUUAGACUGAGUGAAUGCGUAGUGUCAGUUGUCCUUUUACAGUUGUUUUUUAUCUUCUGUUUUUGGUGUGGUUUUUGAGUUAAAUCGCACUAAUAGUGCAAUGGUAUCCUUAAUGUUACUCUUUAAAAUCAUGUGGUAACAUACUUACAGUUCCAUUCCACCAGUCUUCCGAACUAUAUGUUCUGACCUUGUUAUUUUAAUGGAUUAAAUGAUGGGAACAUUAUUCUAAAAUUCUGCAUGAUUUAUUUAUUUUUUUCACUUGAAGAGAAAUUACAUUUGUGAGGCUACAUCGCCUCUAGUGGUGUGGAGUGCGCAGGUUCUGUGUCGCUAGUUCUGCUUGCCUGACAUCUCCCUGCCGGUGAGCGAAGCCUAAAGCUACCCGAAUACGAAGGGUGAAUAGCUUCUGCGGUAUCAGGAGGAGGAGCAGCAGCAACAGUAGCAGCAGCAGUAGUAGCCGCAGAAGGAGCGCCAGCAGUGGUAGUUUGGGAUUUGGUCUAUUUUAUUUUUACACCCACUCUGGACAUCAGAUCUUACCGAGACGGAGAGGGGAAGGGAAAAAAAUAAAGAAAGAUGGCGGCCGCGGCCUCGCCGGGCUCCUGUUCCUCCACCUCCGACUGGAUUGUACUGAGAGACGGCUGUCUGCGCUGCGACGAGGAGGGCCUGCGUAGCCUUUCGUACCACCCGGCCCUCAACGCCAUUCUGGCCGUCACCAGCCGGGGCAGCAUCAAAGUCAUCGACGGCACUUCGGGGGCCAUCCUCCAGGCCUCGGCACUGCAUGCUAAACCAGGUGGACGGGUGAAAUGUCAGUACUUCCCUGCAGUGGAUAAAGUUCUCUUUGUGGACGAUUAUGCAGUGGGAUGCAGAAAGGAUCUCAAUGGCAUUCUGCUGUUGGAUACAGCUCUCCAAGCGCCCGUCACAAAGCAGGAAGAUGUGGUUCAGCUAGAGUUACCGGUUACAGAGGCCCAGCAAAUGCUGUCAGCUUGUUUGGAAAAGGUAGAUGUAUCAAAUGCAGAAGGUUACGACCAGUUCAUCACACAGCUUAAAGAUGGGUUGAAAAAUACCUCCCAUGAGACGGCAGCAAAUCACAAAGUUGCAAAGUGGGCAACAGUUACGUUCCAUCUUCCACACCAUGUGCUAAAAUCCGUUGCCAGUGCCAUUGUGAAUGAAUUGAAGAAGAUCAAUCAGAAUGUUGCUGCCUUGACUGUAGCCUCGUCAAUAAUGGACAGGUUAUCCUACCUCUUACCAAGUGCACGGCCUGAGCUAGGGGUGGGCCCUGGGCGCUCUGUAGAUAGAUCUCUUAUGUACAGUGAGGCAAACAGGAGGGAAACGUUUACAUCAUGGCCUCACGUAGGGUACAGGUGGGCACAGCCUGAUCCCAUGGCUCAAGCGGGAUUUUACCACCAGGUAGGCAGUCCUGCUUCCACUGGUGAUGAUAGGGCGAUGUGUUUUACAUGUAGUGUGUGCCUGGUGUGCUGGGAGCCUACGGAUGAACCUUGGUCAGAGCAUGAGAGACAUUCCCCAAACUGCCCCUUUGUGAAAGGUGAACACACCCAGAAUGUGCCGCUUUCUGUGACCCUGGCAACCAGCCCAGCCCAGUUUCCCAGCAGCGAUGGGUCAGAUAAGAUCGCCUGCUUUGGAUUUGGGAACUGUCCUCACUUCCUAGCUGCUGCAACAAAACGAGGGAAGAUUUGUACAUGGGAUGUAUCAAAGCUGAUGAAGGUUCACUUGAAGUUUGAGAUCAACCCUUAUGAUCCAGCAAUUGUACAGCAGCUUAUUUUGUCAGGAGGUGAGCAAGGGUCGGGGACGGAAUCCCGAAGACCGACUCUAGCCUGGUUAGAAGAUUCUUCCAGCUGCUCGGAUAUACCAAAACUAGAAGGAGACAGUGAUGAUCAGCUGGAAGACUCGGACAGCGAAGAGCAUUCCAGAUCCGAAUCUGUGACAGGGCAUACAUCUCAGAAAGAGAGCAUGGAGGUGAACCUUGGCAUCACAGCAUUGAGUAUCCUCCAGCAACCUGAGAAGCUGCAGUGGGAGGUUGUAGCAAACGUCUUGGAGGACACGGUUAAGGAUCUAGAGGAGUUGGGUGCAAAUCUUUCACUGGCCAAUGCCAAGAGCGAGAAAGUGAAAGAGAAGCACAUGGAGCACCACAACAUUCCCUUCCCUUGCCUACUAGCUGGGGGGCUGCUAAGCUACAGGUCAGCUGUGGCCUCUCCCCUUGGCAGCAACUCUCGGCGCUCGCUGGACGGUUUGUUGAGGACUCCGGGUGAGAAUGCAUUGGAACAGUGCUCGAUGGACAUCGAGUCCUGCAGUAACUCGGAGCUGAGCUUACCCUUGGUCAGGAGGACUAUGCCUGUACUGCUGCUCUACAGUAUCAAGGAGUCGGAUGAGAAAACGGGUAAGGUUUUUGCACAAAUGAACAACCUGAUGAGCAAGAGCUUGCACGACGAGGGCUUCACGGUGCCCCAGAUCAUUGAGAUGGAAUUUGACACCCACGAGCAGCUGCUGCUCCAGGACCCCCCUGUCACUUACAUCCAGCAGUUUGCAGACGCAGCAGCUAACCUCGUCUCCAUGGACUCCGACAAGUGGAGCUCUAUGGUACCAAAGCCUGGGACGUUGGUCCAGUGCCUGCGGCUGCCCAAGUUUGCAGAAAAGGAGAACUUGUACGUGGACUCCAUCACUCCCUGUGCUGACGGAGUCCACCUGCUCGUAGGCCUGCAGUCCUGUUCUGUGGAGUCCCUCAGUGCAAUAAAUCAAGUGGAGGCCUUGAAUAACUUAAACAAACUGAACUCCGCCCUUUGCAGUAGACGGAAAGGUAACUUUGAACCCAUCCCUACCAUAGCUAAUGGUAUAGGUAUUAAUGUCAUGAAACAAGAGUCCCCGACGGGCACUCAGACUCCUCUUAUUAUCCCGCCAGAGCAGAGGACUGUGAGUGGAGGCUAUCUAGUACUGUAUAAAAUGAACUACUCCACACGGAUAGUGACUUUGGAGGAGGAGCCGGUGAAGAUCCAGCAUAUCAGAGACCCCCAGGAUGCCAUUACCUCACUCAUAUUGCUUCCACCUGAUAUUUUGGAUAACAGGGAGGACGAUUGCGAGGAGUCCUUGGAGGAAGCACCUCCUGUCUUUAAAAACGGGAACGGAAAGGAAAAGAAAAUGGAUGUGUCUGGACUUGGGCACCUAGUGGUUACAACUCAGGGAGGAUUCAUCAUGAUUUUAGAUUUAUCCAGUCUGGAGGUUUUGGCCAAAGUGGAACCACCUAAGAAGGAGGGCACUGAGGAGCCGGAUCCCUUUGUCUCUGUGACUUACUGCUCUGGGACGGACAGACUUUGUGCUUGCACUAAAGGUGGAGAACUUCAUUUCCUUCAAAUUGGAGGAGCCUGUGAUGAUAUUGAUGAAGCCGAUAUCUUCGUUGACGGUCCCCUUUCUAAAGGGGCAGAAGAGCUGUGUGAAGGGACAAAGCUGCCCUCUAACCCUUCUAGUCCUGGAAUUACAGUAGGAGUUGAUCUUCUGGUGGACCAAACCUUCUGUGCGGAGAGCUUGACUUCGCUGGUGGAGCUGACACGCUUCGAGACGCUGACCCCCCGCUUUUCUGCCACCGUCCCUCCCUGCUGGGUGGAGGUGCAGCAGGAGCAGCAGCAGAGGAGACACCCGCAGCACCUUCACCAGCAGCACCACGGAGACGCAGCCCAGCACACACGCACCUGGAAACUGCAGACCGAUGGCUCCAGCUGGGAUGAACAUGUCUUUGAACUGGUCCUACCCAAAGCAUGCAUGGUCGGACAUGUGGACUUCAAAUUCGUCAUGAACUCAAACAUCACAAACAUUCCACAGAUUCAAGUCACACUGCUUAAAAAUAAGGCUCCGGGACUUGGGAAGGUGAAUGAGUCAGCAGUAGACAGGCAGAUCUGCUUCCCUUUAUUGCAAGACCUGCAUGCUAAUGGAGAGAGGAAUGGGCCAUCACCGUUUGCAGACUUCGGAGAUGACAUGCAGUUUAUGGAAAUGGAAGAGACGCAAGGUUCGAGAUUAUGUUGGUUUUUAGAAGAUCACAAGGAGGAUAUUUUAUGUGGUCCGGUGUGGCUAGCUAGUGGUCUGGAUCUCUCUGGGCAUGCUGGGAUGUUGACCCUAACAAGCCCAAAACUUGUUAAGGGAAUGGCAGGUGGGAAGUAUCGUUCUUUCUUGGUCCACAUUAAAGCAGUGAGUGAGAAAGUGGCAGAGGAGAGCUCCAGGCCAGUUGUAAGGAUGCCAGCAGCCAAACCACAAAGCAGCAAAGGGCACUCGCUUUCAUCACUGCUGCAAAGAGCCCAGGCAAGCAAGGAGAAACCAUCUACCUCCAAAGAGCCUGGCAUUUCUUCUAAAAAACCUGAUAACCUUCGAGGAUGUGAUUUGCUGCAGGAGGUUUCUGUCACCAUAAGGAGAUUCAAAAAAACUUCCAUACCCAAAGAGCGAGUUCAAAGGUGCGCCAUGUUGCAGUUCCCAGAGUUCCACGAGAAGCUCCUGAACAGUCUCUGCAAGAAGAUGGAUGUGAGCUCUGUGUCUGAGCAUUCUCAGAGCCUAGUGUUAGACAUCCUCUGCUGGUUAGCUGGAGUUUAUUCAAAUGGUACAUGCAGUUUGCAAGAAGGAAAGGAAGGCUUGCUAACAAAAACCAGAAAACAGCUCACUGAUAUUAUACGGGUUUGCUUCUUUGAAGCUGGUCGAAGUAUAGCUCACAAGUGUGCCCGGUUUCUGGCACUUUGUAUAAGCAAUGGAAAAGGUGACCCAAGUCAGCAGGCAUUUGGAGCAGCUCUGCUGAAGGCUUUGCUGGACAAUAUGCCUUACUUGCCUGCAGCGGCAACUGGUGGGUCUGUAUUUUGGUAUUUUGUGUUGCUGAACUAUGUGAAGGAUGAAGAUCUGGCCGGAUGCAGCACAGCCUGUGCCUCUCUCCUCACUGCUGUAUCGAGACAGUUACAGGACAGACUAACUCCCCUAGAAGCUUUACUACAAACCAGAUAUGGCUUGUACAGCUCCCCUUUUGAUCCAGUUCUGUUUGAUUUGGAAGUCAGUGGCUCCUCCUGCAAGAAUGCCUUUAACAGCAGUAUUGGUGUGCAGUCGGAUGAGAUUGACCUCUCAGAUGUACUCUCGGGGAAUGGUAAGGUAAGCAGCUGUGCAGCAGCAGAGGGGAGCUUCACAGCCCUAACAGGACUUCUUGAAGUCGAGCCUCUACACUUUACUUGCGUUUCCACUAGUGAUGGUACUAGGGUGGAAAGGGAUGAUGCAAGUAUGUUUACCGUGAGUACGUUUGGAGUGACGCCAGCGGUGGGCGGCCUGUCUGCCGGGACGGUGGGCGAGGCCUCGACGGCGCUGAGCUCUGCCGCUCAAGUGGCCUUGCAGUCUCUCUCACAUGCCAUGGUCUCUGCAGAGCAGCAGCUCCAGGUCCUUCAGGAGAAGCAGCAGCAACUCCUCAAGUUGCAGCAGCAGAAGGCCAAGCUGGAAGCCAAAUUACAUCAGACUACAUCAGCAGCAUCGGCAGUAGGACCCAUCCACAACUCUGUGCCUUCUAAUCCCUCUACUGCACCUGGAUUCUUCAUUCAUCCCUCUGAUGUUAUUCCUCCCACUCCCAAGACCACCCCUCUGUUCAUGACGCCCCCUUUGACGCCUCCCAAUGAGUCUGUUUCUGCUGCAAUCAGUGUGGAGCUGGCCCAACUCUUCCCUGGGUCUGUGAUAGACCCCCCUCCAGUCAACUUAGCUGCUCAUAACAAAAAUGCACACAAAGCCAAAACGAAUCCAAUUGGAAGUGGUUUGGCACUUGCAAUCUCCCAUGCCUCUCACUUUCUACAACCUCCACCUCACCAGUCCAUCAUCAUAGAGAGAAUGCACUCUGGAGCCCGGCGGUUUGUGACUUUAGAUUUUGGCAGGCCUGUCCUCCUCACAGACGUAUUGAUCCCAACAUGUGGGGACCUGGCUUCUCUGUCUAUUGACAUCUGGACUCUAGGCGAAGAGGUUGAUGGAAGACGUCUGGUGGUGGCCACGGAUAUUAGCACACAUUCCCUCAUUUUGCAUGACUUGUUACCGCCUCCGGUCUGCAGGUUUAUGAAGAUCACUGUUAUUGGACGAUAUGGUAGUACUAAUGCACGAGCAAAGAUCCCCUUGGGAUUUUACUAUGGGCACACAUACAUCUUGCCGUGGGAGAGUGAACUAAAAUUAAUGCAUGACCCAUUGAGAGGAGAAAGUGACUCUGCUAAUCAACCAGAGGUAGAACAACAUCUAGCGAUGAUGGUGGCACUGCAGGAGGAUAUACAGUGCAGAUAUAACCUAGCGUGCCACAGGCUGGAGACCUUGUUGCAGAAUAUUGAUCUCCCCCCACUGAACAGUGCCAACAACGCCCAGUACUUUCUGCGAAAGCCUGACAAAGCGGUGGAGGAGGACACCAGGGUCUUUUCAGCCUAUCAAGACUGCAUUCAACUGCAGCUCCAGCUGAACCUGGCCCACCAUGCUGUGCAGAGGCUGCGCGUCUCCCUGGGAGCCAACAGGAAGGUGCUUCCCGAGGCAUUCGACCCCAAGGAGCUGAUCCAGAACUCCUCCACUGAACAGCUGCGUACCAUCAUCCGCUACCUGCUGGACACGCUGCUCAGUCUGCUACAUUCAUCCAAUGGUCAUUCUGUUCCAUCUGUUCUUCAAAGCACAUUUCAUGCUCAGGCCUGCGAGGAGCUGUUCAAGCACUUGUGCAUUAGUGGGACCCCCAAGAUCCGGUUACAUGCCGGGCUCCUGCUGGUCCAGUUGUGUGGGGGAGAGAGAUGGUGGGGUCAGUUUCUCUCUAAUGUCUUACAGGAACUGUACAAUUCGGAACAACUCCUCAUCUUCCCUCAGGACAGGGUUUUCAUGCUUUUGUCCUGCAUUGGCCAAAGAUCUCUCGGCAACAGUGGAGUGUUGGAAAGUUUGCUCAACCUUUUAGAUAACUUGCUGUCUCCUCUUCAACAAGCAGCCGCAGUACAGAGGCGGAGAGAAGGUGUGUUGGACAUUCCCAUGAUCAGCUGGGUAGUGAUGCUGGUGUCUCGGCUGUUGGACUAUGUGGCGAGUGUAGAGGAUGAGGUAGCCUCUGCCAAGAAACAUCUGAAUGGGAAGGACCGGGACAGGAUAAUGUCAGGAAACCAGUGGAGCUUUAUUAAUAACAGUCUUCAGUCCCAGAGCCAGAGUAGAUCAACAAAAGGCAACAGCAGCUUAGAUCGGUUAUAUUCAAGGAAAAUCAGAAAACAGCUUGUUCAUCAUAAACAGCAGUUAAACUUGCUGAAAGCAAAGCAGAAAGCCCUAGUGGAGCAAAUUGAGAAGGAGAAAAUCCAGAGCAACAAAGGGUCAUCAUACAAACUGUUGGUGGAGCAGGCGAAGCUGAAGCAAGCCACAUCAAAGCACUUCAAAGACCUGAUCCGGCUGCGUCGCACUGCUGAAUGGCCCCGCUCCACGCUGGACACAGAGGCGUCGGCAGCCAAGGAGACCCCAGAAGUGGAGCCUCUGCCGUUCACUCUGGCACACGAGCGCUGCAUCUCUGUAGUGCAGAAACUGUCUCUCUUCGUCCUCUCUAUGGAUUUCACCUGCCAUGCAGACCUCUUGCUCUUUGUGUGCAAGGUUCUUGCAAGAAUUGCAAAUGCUACAAGGCCCACCAUACAUUUGUGUGAAAUUGUGAAUGAGCAGCAGCUGGAGAGACUGCUCCUCCUGCUGGUGGGAACAGACUUCAACCGGGGAGACAUCUCCUGGGGAGGGGCCUGGGCUCAGUACUCUCUGACUUGUAUGGUGCAGGAUAUCCUGGCAGGGGAGUUGCUGUCACCAGUGGCGUCAGAGGCUAUGGAGGAAGGGGCGAUGGGAGAGGAGGCUGGGGCCUCAGCAGGAGACUCUGACGAUUCCCUUCAGCAGCCAGCUUCCAUUCCACUAGUGGAAACCAUAGAUGAUGCUCUGACUCCUGACAUCGCAGGUGCUCCACCUCUAUCAUCUUUGGAAAAAGAUAAAGACAUAGACUUUGACUUGCUACAAGACCUCAUGGAUGUUGAUAUUGAUCCUUUAGAUAUUGAUUUGGAAAAAGAUCCCCUUGCAGCCAAAGUGUUUAAGCCCAUAAGCAGUACCUGGUAUGAUUACUGGGGUGCUGACUAUGGCACUUACAGUUACAACCCUUACAUUGGUGGUGUUGGAAUCCCUGUGUCAAAACCACCAGCUGCCACUGAGAAGCCUGGAUCCCAAAGCGUCUCUGUUUCAGUGUCUCAAGCACUGGAUGCCCGUCUGGAGGUUGGACUGGAGCAGCAAGCUGAGCUGAUGUUGAAAAUGAUGGCCACGUUGGAGGCAGACUCUGUCUUGCAGGCUCUGACCACAACAUCCCCGACAGUAUCUCCUGCUUCCAAUGGAACUGACGAUUCCUUACUUCAAGGGCUACAUGCCUCUAAUCAGGGCAGCCAGCUCAUUGUGCAGUCCUCUUCCAUCCCCAUGUUGAGUGCCUGCUUCAAUAAGCUCUUCUCCAUGCUACAGGUCCAUCAUGUCCAGCUUGAAUCUCUUCUUCAGUUGUGGCUCACUUUGAGCUUGAAUUCUAGCUCUAUGGGAAAUGAAGAGUGUGGCUCUGAUGUCUUCUUAUUUAAUGCAAGCAGAGUCCCCACCAUUGCGCUCAAUCAAGCUUCAAUAACUAGCUUUUUGACAGUCCUGGCCUGGUACCCAAACACCUCACUGCGGACAUGGUGCCUUGUGCUUCAUAGCCUGACUCUCAUGACCAACAUGCAACUUAAUUCUGCACUGAGCAAUGCCAUGGGGGGUCAUGAGAGCACAGCCCAGUUGAUGGUGUCGGAUCCCAAUUUGAUUCACGUUCUUGUGAGAUUCCUUUCAGGAACAAAUCCACAUGGAACCAGUCAGCACAGCCCACAGGUUGGGCCAACAGCCACACAAGCUAUGCAAGAAUUUCUCACCAGAUUGCAAGUGCACCUUUCUUCAACUUGUCCACAGAUGUUCAGUGAAUUCUUACUGAAGCUUAUGCACAUACUGUCAACAGAGAGGGGGCCUUUCCAGUCUGGGCAGGGUCCUCUGGACGCCCAGGUCAAGCUGCUGGAGUUCACACUGGAGCAGAACUUCGAGGUGGUGUCAGUCGGCACGAUUUCCGCUGUCAUAGAGUCCAUCACCUUCCUGGUGCACCACUAUAUCACCUGCUCUGACAAGGUGGUGUCACGCAGCGGCUCCGACAGCACUGUGGGUGCGCGCGCUUGUUUCGGGGGCCUCUUUGCCAACAUCAUCCGUCCGGGUGAUGCUAAAGCAGUAUGUGGGGAGGUGACCCGCGACCAGCUCAUGUUCGACCUGCUCAAGCUGGUCAACAUCCUCGUGCAGCUGCCCCUUUCCAGCGACAGAGAGUUCAGUGCCAGGAUGCCAGCUGUGGGCAGCAGUGCCUCCGAUGAGGAGAAGGUCUGUGGGAGUAAGGAGAGCAAUGGGGACACUUCGGCCAACCAGGGCCCAGCCGCCGGGGUGGCAGACUUUGUACUGGCCAACCAGCAAAUUAUGAGUCAGAUCCUGUCUGCACUGGGGCAGUGCAAUAGCAGUGCAAUGGCCAUGAUAAUAGGCGCUAGUGGACUGCAUCUAACCAAACAUGAAAACUUUCACGGUGGAUUAGAUGCAAUCUCAGUUGGGGAUGGACUGUUCACUAUCCUGACAACGCUGAGUAAGAAAGCCACUUCGGUUCAAGUGAUGCUGCAACCCAUUCUCACGUAUAUGGCAUGUGGCUACAUGGGAAGACAGGGGUCACUGUCGACAUGCCAGCUGUCUGAACCCCUCUUAUGGUUUAUCCUGAGAGUCUUGGACACAAGUGAGGCACUGAAAGCAUUCCAUGACAUGGGAGGAGUUCAGCUCAUCUGUAACAACAUGGUGACCAGCACCAGAGCAAUUGUGAACACAGCUCGGAGUAUGGUGUCAACCAUCAUGAAAUUCCUGGACUCUGGACCAGGCAAGUCUGCCGACGGCAGUCUAAAGUCAAGAGUGUUGACUUCCGAACCGGACAAUGCAGAAGGACUUCACAACUUUGCACCAUUAGGUACCAUCACAUCCAGCAGUCCCACAGCCCAGCCAGCGGAGGUGCUGUUACAGGCUACUCCGCCCCAUCGCAGGGCGCGCUCGGCAGCCUGGUCCUACAUCUUCCUGCCAGAAGAGGCUUGGUGCGACCUCACCAUCCAUCUCCCUGCGGCCGUGCUGCUUAAAGAGAUACACAUCCAGCCUCAUCUUGCGUCUCUGGCUACCUGCCCCUCUUCGGUGUCAGUGGAAAUCAGUGCAGACGGAGUGAACAUGCUGCCCCUGUCGACACCAGUGAUCACCAGCGGCCUCACCUACAUCAAGAUCCAGCUGGUGAAGGCAGAGGUGGCGUCGGCGGUGUGCCUGCGCCUGCACCGGCCGCGGGAUGCCAGCACCCUGGGGCUGUCCCAGAUCAAACUGCUGGGCCUCACCGCCUUCGGUAACACCUCGUCCGCCACCGUCAACAACCCUUUCCUGCCCUCCGAGGACCAGGUCUCCAAAACAAGUAUCGGCUGGCUGAGGCUUCUCCACCACUGCCUGACUCACGUUGGUGACCUGGAGUCCAUGAUGGCUAGUGCAGCAGCCCCCACUGCCAAUCUCUUGCAGACAUGCGCAGCCCUGCUCAUGUCCCCAUACUGCGGGAUGCACUCACCCAACAUUGAGGCUGUGCUGGUGAAGAUCGGGCUACAGUCUACACGCAUAGGACUCAAACUGAUUGACAUUCUUCUGAGGAAUUGUGCUGCAUCUGGCACGGACCCUGCAGACUUAAACAGUCCCUUGCUCUUUGGAAGACUAAAUGGCCUUUCUUCUGACUCUACAAUUGAUAUCCUCUACCAGCUUGGAACAACUCAGGAUCCUGGUACCAAGGACAGAAUUCAGGCUUUGCUUCAGUGGGUACACGAUUCAUCGAGAGUGGCUGCCCUGAAAAGAGGUGGCCAUAUUAGUUACAUCAAUCCCAACAGCUCGCCCAGAGAGUAUGGACUUCUCAUGCCUUCACCUUCCCAUUUGCACUGUGUAGCUGCAAUCCUGUGGCACAGCUAUGAACUGCCUGUGGAUUAUGACCUUCCGGUUUUGCUAAACAGGGACCUAUUUGAGUUGUUAUACAACUGGUCCAUGUCCCUCCCAUGCAACAUGGUGCUGAAGAAAGCUGUGGACAGUUUGCUGUGCUCUAUGUGCCACAUCCACCCCAACUACUUCUCCUUAUUGAUGGCCUGGAUGGGCAUCACAACCCUGCCUGUGCAGAGCCAGCACCGUCUCUCCAUGACUGAUGACAGUAAAAAGCAGGACCUGAGUGCUGGGCUGACGGAUGACUCCAAGAAUGCACAGGCCCCUAUCACACUCACCGAAUCCUACCUGGCCACCUUAGCGGCUGCCUCUCAGUCCCCGGAAGCUAUAAAGCAAUUGUUAGACUCUGGCCUGCCCUCCUUGCUUGUGAGAAGCUUGGCCAGCUUCUGUUUUGACCUCCUGUCCAAUUCUGAUUUCUCAGUGCCUUCUGUGGAGGUUCCUGCAGAUAGAAACAGGAGGCAACACCCCCCGCAGCACCCGGCUAACAAAGUGCCCCUGACUGCGGACUUGGUGGCUCCGGUGCUCCGGUUCCUGACUGAUGUCGGGAACAGCCACGCAAUGAAAGACUGGCUGGGUGGGCCAGAGGUAAACCCCCUGUGGACAGCACUCCUGUUCCUGCUCUGCCACUCCAGUGCCAGUGCAGGAGGCCAUCAGGCCAGAGCCCAACCCUCAGGCUCCAGAUAUUCUCUGGCAUCUUCGAUGAGUGGGAACGGUCUGACUACCCAGCAAAGAACAGCUACUGAGAAUGCAACAGUGGCAUUCUUCUUACAGUGCAUCUCCUGUCAUCCUUGUAAUCAAAGGUUGAUGGCUCAGGUGCUUUGCGAGCUGUUCCAGUCAGCACCCCAGCGAGGAAACGUGCCCACAUCCGGGAAUAUAUCUGGGUUUAUCCGAAGGCUCUUCUUGCAACUAAUGCUGGAGGAUGAGAAGGUCACUGUCUUCUUGCAGUCUCCCUGUCCGGACCCUGGGAAUCGAAGCAGCAGCAUUUUCAAAAUGUCCACAGGAACUGUCAAUGCAUUAACAAAGUUGUACAAAGGAAGAAUUAAUGCCACCAGCCAUGUGAUUCAACAUCCAAUGUAUGGAGCUGGGCAUAAAUUCCGCACUCUUCACCUCCCUAUUUCUACUACCCUAGCUGAGGUCCUUGACAGAGUGUCAGAUACUCCAAGUAUAACAGCAAAGCUGAUCAGCGAGCAAAAGGAGGACAAGGAGAAGAAGAAUCACGAGGAGAAGGAGAAGAUGAAAGCAGACAAUGGAUUUCAGGACAAUUACAGUGUUGUUGUUGCUUCAGGUCUGAAAUCUCAGUCAAAGAGAGCAGUAUCCACUCCCCCCCGCCCCCCCUCCAGAAGAGGAAGGGUCAUGACUGACAAGCUGACUACCUCUUCUGCCGGGGCGGAGUCAUCUGGUAAAACUAUCAGUGUUCCAGUCUUUUAUCUGUAUCAUAAACUGCUACCAGGCCAGCCUCUGCCAGCGGAGAUGACACUUGCCCAGCUGCUAACUUUGCUGUAUGACCGCAAGCUCCCUCAGGGUUACCGAUCAAUAGACUUGACAGUAAAGCUUGGUUCCAAAGUAAUCUCUGACCCAAGUCUGUCGAAAACGGACUCGUUCAAGCGUCUCCGAACAGAAAAAGAACAUGGGGAGCUUUUAAAUAGCUGUCCUGAAGAUGAGCCUAUGGCACAAGGAGACGAGUGCAUUGAUGCUGCCAUCGAUGAGUCCCUCCUGGAAACCAACCCAAUUCAGUCUCCCCUUCAAGUAUUUGCAGGAAUGGGUGGCCUGGCACUCAUAGCUGAGAGAUUACCAAUGUUGUACCCUGAUGUCAUCCAACAGGUGAGUGCUCCAGUGGUAGGCUCCAGCACCCAAGAGAAGCCAAAGGACAGUGACCAGUUUGAGUGGGUCACCAUUGAGCAGUCUGGAGAGCUAGUCUAUGAGGCCCCGGAAACAAUAGCUGCUGAACCCCCGCCCAUCAAAUCUUCUGUACAGACCAUGUCUCCCAUUCCCGCCCACUCGCUCGCGGCCUUCGGACUCUUCCUCCGCUUGCCUGGCUACGCAGAAGUGCUGCUUAAAGAGAGAAAACACGCUCAGUGUCUCCUGCGAUUGGUGCUGGGAGUGACUGACGAUGGAGAAGGCAGUCACAUUCUGCAGUCCCCAUCGGCAAACGUUCUCCCCACUCUCCCAUUCCACGUCCUGCGCACUUUAUUCAGCACCACACCAUUGACUACAGAUGAUGGAGUUCUCCUAAGGCGCAUGGCUUUGGAGAUCGGUGCAAUCCAUCUUAUCCUGGCCUGUCUGUCUGCACUAAGCCACCAUGCCCCUAGAGUGCCUAAUGCGAGUCCCAACCAUACGGAGACUCAGGUGUCAAGUGGACACGCAAGUGCUUCCAGUGAAGAGCAGCAGCUAUACUGGGCCAAGGGAACAGGCUUCGGGACUGGCUCCACAGCGUCUGGGUGGGACGUGGAACAGGCCUUAACCAAACAGAGGCUGGAGGAAGAGCAUGUCACUUGCCUGCUGCAGGUCCUUGCAAGUUACAUCAACCCGGUAGGUAGCGCAGCAUCGGGAGAGGUCAGAGGGCAGAAUAACAACGCACUCCCGUCUGUGCUUCAGGAGUUACUCAGCCAAUCCUGUCUUAUCCCUGCAAUGUCAUCCUACCUACGCAAUGACUCAGUGCUGGACAUGGCGAGGCACGUUCCCCUGUACAGAGCCCUCCUGGAGCUGCUGCGUGCGAUCUCAUCCUGCGCCUCACUGGUCCCGCUCCUGCUUCCGCUGUCUGGAGACCAUGGAGAAGAGGAGGAGGAGCGCUUGGAGUGCCAGACCUCCGUGGGAACUCUGCUUGCAAAGAUGAAGACCUGCGUCGACACCUACACCAACAGACUGAGGUCCAAGAAAGAUAAAAGCAAAGGAACUGUUAAGGCAGAGGCAUCAGACCCAGAACCAGAAGGCCUUACUCUGCUGGUCCCAGACAUCCAGAAGACGGCAGAGAUUGUUUAUGCUGCCACUACUAGUCUGCGGCAGGCAAAUCAAGAAAAGAAGCUGGCAGAGUCUUCCAAGAAAGUUGCUACAAGACCUAAGCCGUUGUCUGUGUUGAGAUCUCUGGAGGAAAAAUAUGUUGCUGCCAUGAGAAAACUGCAGUUUGACACGUUUGAAAUGGUUUCUGAAGACGAUGACGGCAAGCUGGUGUUCAAAGUGAAUUACCAUUACAUGUCUCAGGUGAAGAAUGCCAGCGAUGCCAACAGUGCAGCCCGUGCCCGCCGGCUCGCCCAGGAAGCCGUGACACUGUCCACCUCCCUGCCACUCUCCUCUUCCUCCAGCGUCUUUGUGCGAUGUGAUGAAGAGCGACUGGAUAUCAUGAAGGUUCUUAUCACUGGUCCUGCAGAUACCCCUUAUGCAAAUGGAUGUUUUGAAUUUGACGUGUAUUUCCCACAAGAUUAUCCUAAUUCACCUCCCCUUGUCAACCUGGAGACAACAGGAGGACACAGCGUGCGAUUUAACCCAAAUCUGUACAAUGACGGCAAAGUGUGUUUAAGUAUACUUAACACUUGGCAUGGAAGACCAGAGGAAAAGUGGAACCCUCAUACCUCAAGCUUUUUACAAGUCUUGGUGUCAGUGCAGUCUCUCAUUCUGGUAGCAGAGCCCUACUUCAAUGAGCCGGGAUAUGAGAGAUCAAGAGGCACCCCCAGUGGAACGCAGAGCUCCAGAGAGUACGAUGGAAACAUACGGCAAGCCACAGUGAAGUGGGCCAUGCUGGAGCAAAUCCGCAAUCCUUCUCCCUGCUUCAAAGAGGUGAUACAAAAACACUUCUACUUGAAGAGAGCUGAGAUAAUGAUCCAAUGCGAGGAAUGGAUUUCCGACAUUCAGCAGUAUAGCAGUGAUAAGCGGGUCGGCCGGACUAUGUCUCAUCACGCAGCUGCUCUGAAGCGUCACACGGCCCAGCUACGUGAGGAACUGUUAAGGCUCCCCUGCCCUGAAGGGCUGGAACCGGAUGGUGAUGAAUUCUCUGAGAAGAGCGCCACAAUAUUGAGUUUGGCAAAGGAACCUCCCUCCCACGAGCAGGACAAACCAAGCGGUAGCAAGGACUCUCACUCCAGCGACAUCCAACUUUAAGCUGCGCUGACAUGAAACUAUUAAUAUUGUUAUUAUUACUAUUAAAUAGACUUGACGGCUUUGAAGCACAAGCCAAAUUUUGUCAAUAUUUGUAUGUAAGAAGCUAAUUAUGUAAUAGGUGAAAAACAAAAAAAAAACCUGAAACUAUGCUAUGCCCUUAAGGAAAUGCAAUUUAAUUCCAAAUUAUCUUUUAUUUACCUGUAAAAGACUGUAAACUUUUUGUGCUUUUAGUUUUCAAUUGUGAAAUAACCACUGAUUGGUAUGGUAUUAAAACAUGUUUAUGUAUACAUAAGGACAGAGACGAAAUCACUGAUUAUAUGAGGGAACUGCCUUUAGAAAAUGUUUACUGAAUGUUCAUUUUCAUUUUUGACUUUAGAGCAAGGACAGUUGCAACCAAGAAUAUAUUGCUCAUUCUUUUUAAGGAUACUAUUUAAAAAAUAAAAUAAAAAUAAAAAAAACUACACUUCAAUUUGAGAGAUCUUAUGUUUGGCCAUUUACAUUGCUCAUAUUUGAUUUCUACAGACUCCUGUAAACUUCAAUAAAAGCUAAAUGGACAUUCUAUACUGCUAUGAUUGAUUACUUGUUACCUUUUUACUGGCUGGAAUACAUGUUUAUUGAAUACAUUCACUUGUAAUUAUUGAGUUUGAUUUCAUUUUAUGCUUAUACUAAUUUUAAAAUGCAAGUUUAAUAAAUGCAAUUUGUUUUACUGUAUGCAGAUGUAUGAAUCUCAGGAUGCUUGAGUUGUUGGAGAUUGUAUAUGAUGAAACAUUUGAGUGGUGUGAUUAUUCUUGCAGUGCCUAUUUGUUGGUGUCUUUCUAAAUGCGUUGCAUGAGACUUAUUGAGACACCAUCGGAAGGUCCAUUUUUUUUUUAAUCCAUUGUUUUAAAUCAUUCAUUAACACUGAAUUGCUACUGACAAUGUUAUUGUAAAUUGUAAAGGUGUGUGCAUGGUAAAACAGUUACAGGGUAACUAUACAAUAGAAAUCAGAUUCAGAAAUGUAACAUAUCCGAAUCAGUGUUUGGCUUACAGCUUUGAACAUUCUUCUCUGCCAUCAAUAAAGCAUGUUAAGAAUCUGUCUACUUUUGCACACUAUAAGAAGUCACAAUACUCUGCUUUUAUUGUUUUGUGCUGAAAAUGUUAAAAUCACUCGCACACUCCCACAGGUUACAACUAACUAUAAAGCUUUAACACGUUUGCUGGAAAUGUGUUGAUUUAAAAAAAAAUGCUUUUAAAUAUUGAUUUUGAAUCCCUUCUGGCAGGGGAUUAAAUGUGUUUUUGUUUCACCGGAAUCAAUCUCUAAUAAAAAAUAAAAGUAACUA